CAGGAGCCGAAUGCUUGCAAGCGACGGAAGCGCACGGUCUCGCCGCUGUUCUUGAAUUCAAAGGAAAAGGCCUCAAAAUGUAUGCCGCUGAGCCUCCCCCCAGACCAAUUGAGACAUUUGUUUUUAUGGAUCUUGAAGCAACAGGUUUACCGCCCUCACGACCUAAAAUCGCAGAAGUCUGCCUGUUUGCUGUGACUCGACAUGCGUUAGAGAAUCCUCAAUUCAGCCAAUCUUUUCCUAAACCAGUUCCUCUUUUCCCUCGUUUAGUAGAUAAGCUCUGUGUCUGUGUUAAUCCAGACAAGCCAUUCACCCCAAUAGCAAGUUCCAUUACAGGAUUGACUAAUGAAGUGUUUGAUAGGAACAAGAAGCAAAGCUUUAACAUACAUGUUUUGCACAUGAUUACGGCUUUUUUCAAUCGGCAGCACCCACCAAUCUGUUUGGUAGCACACAACGGCUGUAGUUACGAUUUUCCUCUACUGAAAGCUGAACUGGAUACAUUAGGUUUUCCAGCCCUUGAUGAAAUCUAUUGCGCGGAUACUAUUAAAGCCAUGAAAGCUCUGGACAAUGAGAACAACCAGCUUCACCAGUUUAUUUAUCAACCUAACCCAUUUGGCAGCAAGAAAAAAUACGGCCUUCGUGACUUAUAUUUUAAAUUCUAUAAAGUAUAUCCUCUGAACAGUCACAGUGCAGAAGAAGAUGUCAUUACACUAAUAAGCAUCUUUCAGCAACGUGCCAGAGAACUUCUGUGCUGGAUGGAUUCAAAUGCAAGGCCUUUUAAUACCAUGAAGGCCAUGUACAAGGAAACAGAGAGUUAUACUUCCUUUUCCAGAACACCUGAGAACAUUCAACCAGUACAUCCUAGUUACUUACAGAGGCAGCCACGGCGAAGGGUAGCAACAAGUUGCUCACUCUUUCCUGUUGAGGUUGAACCAGCAGGUAUUGAGUCCAGCCCACCCAACAAUAGUUCUUCUGACAUGCCCGAUGAAAUUAAAAAUAUGUUGCUUUUUUCCCUUGGGUUACUAAUAAUCACAUGGAUUGCGUUCAGAAGUCCUGAAUAUUCUUAGAUUAUACAUUGGAUUUUUUACAUAGCAAGUCAGAGUUGCAAAGUCAUGUUUCUGUUUUCCUAUAUCAACCCUCAUUUUAAAACAUUUGGUUUGUCUGGUUUUAGCUAUGUUGUAUAUUUUUGUUCUAAUGGUAUUUUAAGAGUUGUGAUUUGGGACUGUAGUGGGGGAGGCAAGAGGAGGCCUGCUCACCCCCUAAAUUUUCUCUGCCCCCCCCAUUUUUAAAAUUUUCUUUUUACAAAUAAUUAAAACACUGUUUACAAUUUUGACUUUUAAAGGCUUGCAGACUACAUGAACUGCCCCCCCCUACUUUUUUUGGCAGCCUCCCUCCCUCAGAACUUUUUGUCUGGCUAUGGGUCUGUUGUGAUUGUUGUUUUGUUUUUAUAAGCCAUGCUGCAUACAAAUGUAGAAAGGUAGAAUAUAAAAUGUAACAAUAAAAAUAUGUAAGAGGUAUAAGGAAUCAGAGUACAAUGGCAUUUGUGAAGCAGCAGAAACUUCACGAGAAAAGAUACUAGAGGGAAUUAAAUAUCUUAUCGUACUGGGUGGAGCGCUACCCACAUUCCAGGAUACAGUUGCAUUGGCAGGGAAUCAUAUCCUUGAUGUAUUCCUGCCCGGUAAUCUGAUGGUAUCCCAGGCUCCCAAGGAAAUGGCACAUGUGUCAGUACUCGCUGUAAUUAUGGUUACAACAGCUAUAAAACAUAAGAGAGUAUGAGG